GGACAGCAAGACCGUGGAGUUUAUAGAACGGAUAAGCACGUGCCACGACCAGAGUGGCCAGAUCGUGGGAUGUUAAUGAUAUCAUUGGGAUAGGACUGUCAGUACAUAUCCAUUACUCGCGUGAGCAGCAACAGGUACGUGCCCGGUACUUAUCCAACAAAUCUUAAUAGUUUAGCGGUUUAAAGGUAUUAUCCAGUUUACUUACUAUACAAAUAAGUAUAUUACAUCAAUUUUUAAAUCUCUACAUCAAAAUUAUCACCAGUUCAUCUGAGGAUCCAGCAACGUCAAAUACACAGUUGCAAGUUUGAAUCAUCAUUUCACCCAUCACGUUCGCAACAAAAUACUGUUGAAAACACCGAAAUGGAAAGUAAUCACCAACCUGACCAAAUAACAAACUCUAGCCCAUCAGAUGAACGUAUUUUCGUUACUGAUCGUGAAUCACAGAUAACGUAUUUAAUCAACCGCUGUUAUGGUGGCAGUUUUUUUCCUCGAUCACUGCUACCAACGCGAUUAGGACCUAACACUGAAACCAUUACCUUAACUCUUGAUCUGGGUUUUAAACGUAAAUUUCUCUGGGAGUUCAGGGUUGCCGACGUCGAUCAACCGACUCUUGAUUCUGAUUUUAUUGCUUACUAUAAACUCUUUGUAAGUCAGAAAAAUCUCAAGCUCGAAGAUCCAACAGCUAAUUUAUCCAGUGGUCAAGAAGUGGGGAAGUCAAAUGAGCAACCAAGUCAACAAACUACUUCUGAAGUGGAUGAUGAUGUAUACGUUAUUGAUCAGGUUUCAAAGGUUCGGUUUAUACUCGAUACUGGAGCUCAAGUUUCCGUGAUCCCUCGAUCUCAAUUACCGAAUCGUAAAUCAAUUCGCGAUCCAAACUGCACUCUUCGAUCAGUGAGUAACAGCAAGAUUUCAACAUAUGGAACUCACGAAAUGGCACUAAAUUUUGGCCCAAACAAAAAAUUCAACUGGAAUUUCAGAGUUGCCGAUAUAGAUGACGCACUCCUCGGUCGGGAUUUUUUUCGUCACUUUAAACUCCUUGUAGACUCCUUUGACAACACUAUACAUUAUCGUAAUCCCGAGGCUAAAAAUUAAACAACUCUGGAAUAGUUUCCAUCAGGUUGCUGUCUUUUGCAUUUACCUUUGAGAUAUCAAGUAUUUUCACUGUGCCAAUAUUUUUCAACUCAGGUAAAAGACCUAGUACCUGAUCAGGGAACUAGUAUCCGAUCACUCCAUGUAUUUGUGUACAUGUAUAUAUUUAAUAAAAUAAUAAUAAUAAUGAUCGAGUACUAGUUCCCUGAUUGGGUAGUGGGGCUCUUACCUUUUAUAAUAAGAAGAUCACGAACUCAACACUUUACAGCGUUCUGACUACAUUCAACAGGUGCUACGAGUUUAUAUAUAAAGUCCGUGCCGUGUUAAGUGAACGUGGUGGAACCGUUUAUCCCCACUGGGACUAAAAACAUUAAUUAUCUUUAUCCAUUGGCUGACUCACUUAAUGUUAUUUUAAUCUUAUCCUACGUAUAUAUUAAUUCAUAAAAUCAUUUAUACAAAUAGUUAAAUAUUGAUUAUAUAAGUUGUUAAACAACGUAAAUUAAUACAAUGAGGCAUGAUAAAUAUGGUAUAUGAUAAUUCCUACUUAACCCUUCAGCACCCGCGCUAUGAGUUUUUUUCUCACACUUGACUUCGAAUAUUUUUUUCAAAGUAAUUUCAAAUGAAAUGACCUAGUGAAAUUUUUUUUAUCUUAAUAAAAUUUCAUGCUUUUUAUGAUUUUGAAAUUUGAAAAUUAUUUCGAACAAAAAAAAAAAAUUUGGAAAAUCCAAAAGUGCACGCCUCGAACGCUCAUGUUAUGUUUUUUUUUAAAAGUUAAAUUUCGAAUAAAAUUGAAUAUCCCGCUCUUUUCCCAUAGGAAUUUCCAUGGUAAAUAUACGGUAAUAAAAGUAAAAAAAAAAUAAAUAAGGAGAACAUUCCUAAUGAAAAAUGGCGGCAGUGUGUGUUUGUUUACAUGUAAGAUUGCCGGUUUUAACCGUAAUGAUUUAUUUUUAAAAAAACGAGAAGGCCUACAGUAGUGAUUUUCGAAAGGAACCUUCUUUGCUUAUUUCUGAAAAUUUUGAAAAAAAAAUUAAGUAGUUCCGUCAAGUCGUUCUCGAAAUAUCCGUACCACGCCGUUUUUUUGAACCACAGACUAAUGGACGUCCACGAUAAAUUUUUUUUAAUGAACUUUUUGUUAUAUUAAUACAUAUUAGACAAAUUAAAAAAAGUAUCAGGAUUAUUCAUUAGUGUUUCAGCUUUAUAUUGAUGUGUUUUUCAUAACGUGUAAGAGUAAUAGAAAAAAAAUAUAUGCACUUUAAUGAGUGGAAAUCGUGUGACCUUGACAGGUCGGUUAUAAAGCACAACCUCUCCGCUUCGCUUCCGAGGCGUGCAAUAUUUUUAAAAGAUUUAUUUGAAAAAGCCAUGAGACUUUUUCUCAUCACGCGAGUAAAGUAAGGCGUAAAAAUUUAUACGGUUCGGCUCAGUUCGGACAGUUCCGAAUCUUUUCGGCAAUCACCGCCAUUUUUUUUAGCCGUUACAUCUGUCAUUACUCAUAAAAUUAAAAAGUUAAAA